AUGAUCUAUAACAGCAAUAUGUCAAGCAUGCAAGCUCUUUUUGAAAAAGUUAAUAAGAAUUCAUCUGAAUUGUCCAUUUCUUGGAGAUUUGAAAAUCAUACAUUUUCUACUAGAUCAGCAAAUGAAGAUAGCAGUAACUUAACUAAUGAUGACAAUUUAAAAAAUAAUAUGAGCAGUCUUACCAAUUUAGAAUAUGCUAAUAAUACUAGUAACUCUACAACUGGGAUAAGUAUUGAUGAUGAAGAAGAUGAAGAUGAUGAAAAAAAGAAAUAUUCGAAAUUCAUUAUUAAAGCUUGGCUACCAAAUAAACCAACCGACUUAAGUACAUUUAAUGAUGGUGACGUUGAGGAAUACUUCGAUUUAAAUAAAUUUGAUAGAAAUAAAAAAGUUGUCAAGGAUGCUGAAAAUGAAAAAGAAAUUAACGAUUUGAGAGGAGCUAUGCGUGGUAGUGAAUCGAUUCCAGGAUUCUCCUCAUCUUCAAACGACAAUAACUCUUCAAGUAAUAAAGAUACAGGGAAAAUGGAACAAAAUGCUAGUGUAAAUACAACAACAAAUACAUCCGAUAUUAAUCCAGAGGUGGAAACAACAACUAACAAUGAGAAAUCAACCGAUGACAUAGUCAUGAAGGAAAAAGAGGAUAUAAAUAUGGAAGACAAAGACAAGAAAGACAUAAUUAUGGAAGUAAAGGGGCAAGAAACUUUAGAAUUGGAGGGGAAGGAGAAGGAAAAGACUAAUACGGAGAACAAAGAUCAAAUGGAACUGAAAAUUAAGGAUUUAAAGGAUGACAUAAACAUGGAAGAAAAAGCAGACGUAGAAAUGAAAGAUCAAGAUGAUGUAGAACAAUCUAAAGAAUCUAUAUCUGAAAAACCUUCCAAUGAAGCCAAUGCUAAUGAAGAAGUAGAAAAUAAGAUGCCAGAACAACUUCCUACUGAUGAACCACUAGCCGCUGCUGAAAAUUCUAACAUUGAGGCGAAAAGUGUAGACGCAGAUGGGGAUAUUAAUAUAUCAUAA